ACUGAAUUGCAGCUCCGAAAACCAGACCCAAACCUGCCCAACAAACUAUCCGAUGUCGUUUUUGCCACAAGACCCAUCAACCGAACCCGAUUGCCCAGAUUAUUUCCGGUGGAUCCACGAAGAUCUGCGUCCGUGGAAGGACUCAGGAAUCACGAGGGACAUGGUGGAGAGGGCGAAACGGACCGCCCAUUUUCGCCUAGUGAUCAUCAAAGGCAAAGCUUAUGUGGAGAAGUAUAGGAAGUCAAUACAAACUAGGGACAAGUUCACCAUAUGGGGUAUUUUGCAAUUGCUGAGGAGGUAUCCUGGUCGAAUACCCGAUUUGGAGCUUAUGUUCGACUGCAACGACCGGCCGGUGAUCCAGUCACGGCACUACCGGGGGCAGAAUGGGACGAGCCCGCCACCGUUGUUCCGGUAUUGCGGGGAUCGAUGGACGAUGGACAUAGUCUUCCCGGAUUGGUCCUUCUGGGGUUGGGCUGAGAUCAAUAUAAAGCCAUGGGAGAGGGUGCAGAUGGAGCUGAAACAAGGGAAUGAGAGGAAGAAAUGGAUAGAAAGAGAACCGCACGCAUAUUGGAAAGGGAACCCCUUUGUGGCUGAAACCAGAAGAGACCUCCUCAAGUGCAACGUUUCUGAGACCCAAGAUUGGAAUGCUCGCUUGUUCAUCCAGGAUUGGAUCCUUGAAUCACAACAAGGAUUCAAGAACUCAGACCUAGCAAGCCAAUGCACACACAGAUUCAAGAUCUACAUAGAAGGGCAUGCGUGGUCGGUCAGCGAGAAGUACAUCCUGUCCUGUGAUUCCACGACUCUAUUGGUAAAGCCUCGGUUCUACGAUUUCUUCACCAGGAGCCUCAACCCCUUGCAGCACUACUGGCCCAUCAGGACCGAGGACAAGUGUCGAUCCCUCAAAUUCGCCGUGGACUGGGGCAAUAGCCACAAGCAAAAGGCACAAGAGAUAGGGAAGGCUUCAAGUGACUUCAUCCAAGAGCAAGUGAAGAUGAGCAAUGUAUACGAUUACAUGCUUCAUCUGAUGAAUGAAUACGCCAAGCUUCUCAGAUUCGAACCAGAGGUCCCAGAAGGAGCAGUGGAGGUCUGCUCCGAGCUCGUGGCUUGCCCUGCAGGUGGGACGGAGAGGGAGUUCAUGGUGGAGUCACUGACCAUGAGCCCAUCGGCUACAGGCCCAUGCACCAUGCCUCCACCAUACGAGCCCAAAUCGGUCGAUGCUAUGUGGAGGAAAAGUGCCAGUGCAAUCGGGAGGGUGGAAAGAUGGGAAAAUGAGUUCGGGCGAAAGUCUCCCAACAGAUCAGCUUAGUAGGGUACAUGUGCAUAAUCGUGUCGUAGCUACAAAGAGAAUUUGGCUGGAUAACUACAUACACUAGAAACCGAUAGCUUGGGAGCAAUGGCCAGUCCAAGUGGCAGCUGGAAGGAGGUAUUCAGCAGCUUGACUCCUGGUGCAGCUUUUAAUUGAUUUCUACUAUCAUUAUCGAGAUCAUGUUUAUAGUUUUUAGAGGCGGACUGUUCCCAUCUCAAUAUGGCUAAAAACACUCACUUUAUGGGCAACGAUC